UCAUUUCGAUUUCUGGACUCAAAUUCUACUAGUCUUGAAACCUCGGAAUUUCACGUCACGAAUUUCCGGAAAAAUAUAACUACAAGCCAUUUGACGAUGAAGCUCUUCACCAUAAGCGGCGCUGUCACGCUCUUCAGCAUUUUAGCGCCAGUGACAGCCAUGUCGGGUACUACAGCCGCACCGCCGUUGGAAGUGUCCGACCAGAAUAGAGACUUCCAAUUUUGGUGUGCAGAGGGGCGCUGGUACACCAAAGAGUUUAUCAAAGCUAUGGUUGACAAUGUCAUUCCACUUAUAGGAAAUCCUGACCCGGAACAACUUUAUCCUUCACAAUUCACUAUGCUUGCUUACAAGGUCCCCGGACCACUUUGGUAUCAGCCGCUUUUACUAGGCUUUGGUCCAGAUGAUUUUGUCAUAUUCAACCAAAGAGGUCAAAUUGCGGGCGUAGCCAUCUGCGGAGAACAUAACGAUCGCUCAGUUUGGUGCGAUCCCUGUCGCCUAAGAAGUAUUUGUCCCCCGACAUAUCCUCCUGACACAUAUUGA